CCAUGUUGCGCAUCACAGCUGGUAAACUUGGUAGCGCCAUCCGUGGCACCAUUGGCGUGACCUCGUCGCGCGUCGCUGCCGUCCGCGCCCUGCACGGAUCUGAGGAAUCUGCGGAGGAUUUUGACAAGCGCUACGAGAAGUACUUCAGCCGCGAGGGCAUCGACGGCUGGGAGAUCCGCAAGGGUAUGAACGAUCUGCUGGGCAUGGAUCUGGUGCCCAGCCCCAAGGUCAUCGAGGCUGGCCUGCGCGGUGCUCGCCGUGUCAACGACAUCGCUUUGGCAAUCAGGUGGCUGGAGGGCUGCAAGGACAAGUGCGGUGACCAGAAGGCUACCCUUUAUCCCUACUUGCUGGAGAAGAUCACCCCUACCCUCAAGGAGCUGGGUAUUCCCACCAUUGAGGAGCUGGGCUACGACAAACCCGAACUGGCCCUCAAGUCGGUGUACGACCUCUAAGCAGUGCAUACCGAGCUGCUUUUCCACAUAGUUUAAUGAAAAAGCAAAACAGUACACAAUACCCUCACCUCUCAGAGACACUAGCUACACAUCCAUAGUAUCCCAAGUAUGGUGUGGAUGAACAUGUUAUUGGAUUGCAAAUAAAAGGAGAUUGGAGUAAGGCUACCACCACACAAAUGCA